UCACGUGUGCAUCCUGGUUAAAGGGACAAAGGAUAUGAUUUGCUUUGUGCGUUUGACGAUACGCAACUCCCAGGAGAGUGCAUGAAGGUCCAGCGGGACCGCCAGAACCACAAUGUCUGGUUCAACUUACCAAAGGUUAAAUAUCUGGCUUCAGAGAAGGUGCUUCUCCAUCAGCCACUAGGUAUGGUGCUGCUGCGAAGGGGCGUACUUGUACAAGAUCCACGAUGAGAUGACACGGUAGCGGAGCUGAUCAACGUAAAGUCAUUAUGCCGAGGGGCAAAUCAGGUCUGGUGACGAUUUUGGCCGCCAGAAGCACUCGUGGCUCCCGCGGCGACAACCACAGAGCCAUCGGCGCGAAUUCGCUUCCGGGAGGAUGCUUUCCGACAAUCGAACGUGCGUUGCUGAAGGACACAACAAUACUUGGCAUGAGGCAUUCGAUGACAGACACUUUUGUGACGUGGGAUGGCGCUUAGCUAGCUGGAAGGCUGGGUGUGGUGCGCUCGAUUCGGUCCCCGAGGAUCUGUCUUUUGAUUCGCGAGAGUGGCAACAAUGUGAUCGACUUACGAGCUUCACUGCCCGUUGCAUGUGGUUGGAUGAGACAGAUUGCCGACAGAAUGAACAUGCCAACUCUCGCGGAACCUGCCUCAGAGGGUUCCUGGAUACAUUUCAUCGAUGCAGGUGUACUGGGAGAGCAGUCAAUUAGAUUGCCUAUCGUUAUUGGGAUUCAUGAAGAAGC